CUAUUACCAUGUAUUUGGGAUAAGAAGAGUGUGAGCACAUCUCCUCCAACCAGAAGAAGCACAAAAAAAAUUAAAAUGGCGGUAUGUGCAACUGCAGCAACAACAGCAGCACUCACAGCCAUUGCCAAUGCCAAUUCGAGUACAUCAAAAAAGCUUUCAAAACUCAAAUUCCGAACUCUGAAACCAACCUCGAACAAAUCUAACCCAAGUAGUCCUACUGGUUGGUUGGACGAUACUGAUAAGAAAAUGUCAGCAAAUGUUGCAGGAAGGCGAAAAGUACUAGAAAUGGGACUUAUUGGAGUUAUGGCAGCUUCUACAAUGGCUUUUGGGUUUCCAUCAGAAGCAGAUGCUUUAAGAGUAGAGUACUAUGCCACUACUGCCGAGCCUUCUUGUGAACUCAAUGUAGUUCGUUCUGGCUUAGCUUACUGUGACCUUGUUGUUGGUUCCGGUCCUGCAGCUCCUUAUAACACCCUUAUCAAUGUGCACUACACUGCAAGAUUUGGUGAUGAGACUGUCUUUGAUAGCAGCUAUAAACGCGGUAGACCUCUUACUAUGCGCAUUGGUGUAGGCAAAGUUAUUAGAGGAUUGGAUCAAGGGAUUUUUGGUGGUGAUGGGGUACCCCCUAUGCAAGUUGGUGGGAAACGUAAGCUCCGUAUUCCUCCAGAGUUAGCCUAUGGACCAGAACCAGCUGGUUGUUUUUCAGGCGAUUGCAACAUACCGGCCAAUGCAACUCUGCUUUAUGACAUUAACUUUGUGAAUAUAUACUCGGGAAAUAGGGCAAAGUAAGCACAAUCUUGCUCAAUGCACACUUGAUCACACUUGAUUCGAUGCACCAGGAGAUCGAUUUCAGUCCAAAAAUUCUGUUGUAAUAUAGACUAACAGGUAAUUCAAACAGCAGCUUCCAUUGCUCCAAGUCCCAACUGAUGCCUACCAAAGUUGAAACAUUGUUAGCGAAUUGGCAUGCUGAGAGUUUGGAAUGUUUUUGUUACUUCAGAUUCUACUUAUUAGUAUUAAAAAGAGACUGUCAGAUAUAUUACAUUUUCGCUAUACUUAUAUGUAUCCUGUUGUACAAGUUCCUCCUGCUGCGCAAUGUUUAUAAAAGCUACAGUAUAUGUCAUCAUUAUUAUAUUCAUAGGAAGUCAUGAAAAUUUCAUACUGUGCUA